AUGUCCAACUUUAAACCAAGCAUCACAGUUCUCUACUUCGCUGCCGCCUCCACGACAGUAGGACUUACUUCAGAGGUCGUUACGAUCCCUCAAUCUGGGCUUCCCCUCGCGUCUCUGGGAGACCUUCUGAUCUCGCUCCAUCCGAAUACACAAUUGAAAAAAGUGUUAGAAUGCAGCCAGUGGAGCGUCGAUGCUGAGAUGGUCGACGAUCCAGAGAAAUUGGUGCUUAGGGGUGAUGAAGAGGUUGCAGUUAUAUGCCCAGUCUCAGGAGGAUGA